UUUCGGUUUAUAAUGUUCCAAUUUUUGGUUUCGUCACGUUCUAUGCAAAUGAGUUAGCAAGUCUACGGACCCAGCGUGAAAGCGUUUGAUGCUGGCAACUCCAACGCAUCCGCGAACCCAGAGCUCUGCGUACAUCCAAGGAUAUUAUACUUUUCUCUCGAUGUGUGGCGCCUCCUGUACCGUUGAGAGGGCAUCCUGUAAACUGGACGCCUGACGGAGCUCCCUAGAAUCCACACUUUCCUGCAGAUACAAACAUGUUUCGCGUCACAUCUGCAGUUACGCGGCUACAAACUACUUGAACCCACCCCGAUAAGUCGAGAUAAGCUUUUCAAACAUGCUGGCGAACGCGAAAGCUCCGGGACGGACGAACGGCGCAAUCUUGCUGCAAAUAAUAGCGACCCUUCAUUUUAUCAUCCACAGCGGUGCCGGCCAAGCAGUCUCGAAAGAUGCACCCGUGGUGACGCCAUUCAGUUUCCCAACAGAUCUUUCCGAGGGAUCUUCUGCGCAAGUUCUGUGCGCUAUUUCGAAAGGGGCACUCCCAGUGUACUUCACGUGGCUCAAAGACGGGAAUACCGUCAGUGGAGACAACGUUAAAGUCACCACGUCCGAGCAGUUCUCCGUACUUCAGGUCUUGCGAGUCUCAGCUACAGACGUCGGAAACUACACCUGUUUCGCGAAGAACCUGCAGGGCAGCGGCAGCUACUCAGUCAAGCUGGAGGUUAGAGCGCCCCCACGAUGGCUGCGGGUUCCCUCCGACGUUUCGGCAUUGCUCGGAAGCGAGGCCAAACUGUCCUGCCCUGUCGCCGGCUACCCGACUCCCAAAGUGACCUGGAGCAAGAUGACAGAUGGAAAUCGGGCACGGCUGGAAGCGAGCCAGUCUGUGACGCUCGAUCCCAGCGGCGUCCUCGUCCUGCACAGCGUGCAGCCUGGAGACCGCGGGGUGUACCUGUGCGAGGCCGACAACGGAGUCGGGGAGCCCAUCACGAACAGAGUCAGGCUCGCGCUCAACGUGCCGGCGAGGUUCGAAGAAAAGUCGACCGUGGUGACCGCGAGACGGACCGAGGUGACCCGGAUGAAGUGCCAGGCCACGGGUGACCAGCCACUCUCCAUCGCCUGGUCAAAGGGCAGCGUCAAGCUGGACAAGAGAACCAGCGCCAGGUACGAGGUGUUCGAAACCUUGACUCCCGACGGCCUCAUCUCCGAGCUGGUGAUCCGUGACACGGACCGCAGCGACGGCGCCCUCUACACCUGCCACACGCAAAACAAGUACGGCAAGGACGACCGGAAAGUCAAGCUGAUCGUCCAAGAGGUGCCAGGUCCACCACAGGAUGUGCGCCUCAAGGACGUCUGGAGCCGAUCGGCCAGCGUGUCGUGGUCGCCAUCGUACAGCGGCAACAGCCCCAUCUCAAAGUACAUCGUUCAGUACUGGCGGGACCACGGCACGGCGCACAGGUUGCACGAACUGGAGGUGAUCGGCUCGCUGACGUACACCAUGGUCCGCAACCUGCUGCCAGGCACCGCCUACGUCCUCAACCUCGUCGCCGAGAACGCCAUCGGCCGCGGCGAACCGUCAAGAACCGUCGUCUUCCACACCGGCGAAGAAGAGCCGGAAGCAGCACCUGUCGAUAUCCUGGUGGAAAUGAAAGGACCUUCGACGGUGUACAUAUCUUGGAAGGCACCACCGAGGGAGCACUGGAACGGUCACCUGCUCGGCUACUACAUCGGCUACCGGCCCCGGGACACGGAGUCUCAGUUCUCGUACCGGCGCGUCGAGGCGUCGCCCAACAACGCCAGCCACGAGUACCUGCUCGGAGGACUGCAGCGAGGCACCGAGUACACGCUCGUGCUCAAGGCGUACAACAGCGCCGGGUCCGGACCGGCCUCGCAGGAGAAGACCGUGCGCACCAUGGACGGAGAUGUACCCGAAGCACCGAGGCUUUUCGUGACGGGAGUGACGGCCGAUACCAUGACGCUCCGGUGGGUCAUCAGGUCCAGCAGCGACGUCACCGGUUUCAACAUCCACUACAGGCAAGAAGGUGGCACGUGGCUGGAACUGCCGAUCGUGAACACAGCCAACAACACGUACACGCUGACCAACUUACAUCCGGGUUACGUGUACCAAGUCUACGUGACAGCCUCCAACGUGCUGGGACGUGGUGACCCGAGCGCCAUACUUUUGGUUAGGACAGAGAGCUCUGCGUCGGGACACGAAAGCUCGGCCAUCGAGAACAAGCCGGCGGAUGACGAGGUACCUAUCUACAUGGACAUGGCCAUCAUGAUCCCGGCGGGGGCCAUCCUGCUGGCCGUGCUCGUCAUACUCUUCAGCACGUGCAUCUGCAUUCGAAAAAUGAAGAGCACUCCCCGACCAGUGCCAGAGAUAAUGAGGUACGACCCGGCUACUCUGAAUACCGGAACCAUGAUGUCCCAGAGGUACGUGGAGAUGGAAAAGAUGUCCGAGCAGGACGUCCCAUUCGCCACUCCCUACGAAGGAGGCACCAUGCGCAACGGCACUGAGUUGCGGGGCACGCUCAAGGAGCGCCAAGAGAUGAAGACUUACGUACCCAAGAACCCGAUGAAGGACCGGCCGCUUCCUCAUCCGGAACACUCUCCGCUGCGGAUGGACGAAACUUACUACGACAGCGCGCAGUGAUCGUCGCCCCGACGCGAUGACAAGGGACCCGAAAUAGAAGCGGUCCCCUCCAGUUCGAACAAGCACAAGCACGACCGACCGGGGAACGCGUGAUCAAGACGCCCCUCCGCAGUCGCCGUCAAUGAGCUCCGCGACGACAAACGCCGGACCUCGAACCCUCUCUUCGUGCGUGCAAGGAGGCGACAACGCGACCAGACAUCGGGGUUACAGCCCGUGGUGGCUCUGGCCAACGUGCUCAAGAGACGUGCAAGCUGAAUGGACGCGUCGAAUGAGUCUGUGUGUGUGUGUGUCUCUGUGCGUGCAUGCGGAAAAGACGCAGCGUCGUCCCAGAGUGGCAAACUUUUCUUCGCCACAUGUGGAACAGCGUGUGUGCGCGCUCUCACUCCUUGGCCGUAUGUCCUACAGUGCGGCACCUCGGAUCCUUUUUUCACCCAUUUCUGGCAUAGACCCGAUGCUGCGUCGAGUCUGGCACGGCGUACAAUGGCUGUCUAGGAAGUGUGGCAAGUGGUGUGCGCACUUUAAGGGUUCAGUUGUCAACGGUAAAUCGCUUAACCUUUCGUUGAAGGCCACGUCCGUACGCUGGCUGGGUGGCAACACUUUAUUUCAUACUGAUAUGAAAACGUGGCGCUGGUGCCUGCGGAAGCAUCCGCAGGCACCAGCGCCACGUUUCACAAACAGGGGCAGUGCAUGAAUUACUCCCUUCUUACCUUGCUAUGAAUUGCCUUCUAAUGACGUUGUGUCUCAGCUGUCAAGCAGAGAAUGAAACUGGAGCCAACACUUCGGGAAGGGGACUUGUCUUCAUUAGGCAGAAUCUUCUGCGACUCAGCCUUCGCCAUUCCCUGUCCGACUCUAAUGCUCACUUCAAGCACCCUAUCUUCUUGAGAACUUCUCUCGUGUUUGUAUUUCUAGAUUCGUUGUUAUUCCAGAAUCGCCGGAUGACUAUUGUUAAUAUAAGCUAGGCAGACUGCCCACCGAUAGUAUCUCCGGCUUC